AUGGCAUUCCGCCAUGCAUUCCCCGGCCUGUGGAGAAACAAGAGGGUCCUCGAAUGGACGAUCAGCGUGUCCACACUCCAAGGGCCCGAACUGGUCCCGCGAAGUGGUGGACUUCCUCCGUCCGACACACCCUUCUGUUCUGGCAUUGGCGGCUUCCUGGCUUAUUUUACAUCGUUGCUGCGGUUCGACUUCUUCGUCAUGGAGGUGCCACGGGCCAAUGUUCCUCUCGAUGUGAUUAUCGUCGGGGCCGGUAUUGGCGGCAUAGCUGCGGCUUUGACACUGGGAUUAAAAGGCCAUCGGGUCGCGAUCCUCGAGGCUGCCCCAAAACUAAUGGAGGUUGGAGCUGGCAUCCAAGUCUCCCCCAAUAUGCUAAGAAUGUUGGAACGAUGGGGCGUUGCGGAUGUGAUUCACGCCCAGGAUGUCGCCCUGGAGCACAUCCACGUCCGGCGAUGGGAAGACGGCAAACUCCUCGCCUCCAUGCCGGUGAACAAGACUUUCGGGCAGCAGACGGUCAUCCACCGUGCAGACCUGCACAACGCACUAAUUGAAAAGGCCCUGGCGCUGCCUAACGUGGAGCUGCGCGUGAACUCGCUAGUCACAGGUGUGGAAUUUAGCCCAGCAUCUGUCACACUGGCCGCGGGCACAGUUGUCCGCGGUGACGUCGUGGUCGGUGCCGACGGCAUCAAAUCCACCAUUCGCGGACACCUGCUGGGGGACCCAUCACUCCAAGCCAUCGCGACUGGCGAUGCCGCAUACCGGAUCAUGCUGCCACGCAGCGUAAUGAUGAAGGAUCCGGAGUUAAAAGCGCUCAUCGACGAGCCACAGGCGACUCGUUGGUUAGGCCCGGGUCGCCACAUCAUCGCGUAUCCCGUGCGCAAUCACCAGCUGUACAAUGUUGUCCUGCUGCAUCCGGACCGGCAUGAAGUCGAAGAGUCCUGGACGACGAGGGGCUCCAAGCAAGCGAUGGUCGAUAAUUAUGAUGGGUGGGAACCGAGGGUCAGGAAGCUGAUUAAUCUGGUGGAGGAUGAUGAAGUGCUGGAGUGGAAGUUGUGUCUGCAUCGCCCGCUGAAGACUUGGGUUCGGGGAUCGGUAGCCUUGAUUGGCGAUGCGUGUCACCCGAUGCUCCCAUACGUGGCUCAAGGGGCGGCGCAAGCCGUCGAAGAUGCUGCCGCGCUUGGAGUGCUGUUGUCGACCAUCUCAUCCCGGCGGGAUGUCCCACACGCGUUGCGGGUGUAUGAGAAAUCGCGGAAGCAGCGUGCGGAGACGGUGCAGCAAUCUGGAUCCGAGAAUCGCAUCACAUUGCACUUGCCGGAUGGUCCUGAACAAAUGGUCCGUGAUGAGCAGUUCCGGGCAUCGACGACGGGCUCAAACCCAGACAAAUGGUCUGACCGCGAGACUCAGCGGAUUCUGUGGGGGUGGGAUGCAGAAAAGGCGGCCUUGGAUACGUGGAAUGAAGCCAGCGCCGGGUUGAAGUUCAACGCUAACUUGUAG